CUGAAAUCAGGUUUGCGCAGUACAAUUUGCAAAGAACCGCAAGGAAGGAAGAACAACGCAACAAGCAAGCAAGACAAGCAGAGAUGGCGGGUCCUGGCAUGGAGAUCUUCCGCAUGACCUUCUAUGUCAUGCUGCCAAUUGGCAUGUUCUACUACUUUGGCCUUCCAGACUUUUACAAGAACCAAGUGCUCCCUGCCUUUAAAAAGGUGUAUCCAGAUGACAUGCCAACACAGAGUGUGCCCACAACCCCUGAGGGCAACAAGGAGCUACUGGACCAAUUAAUAGCUGCGCGGCGUAAGCGUCAGGCCGAGGCACAGAACCAACAGCAGCAGCAGCAGGAGUAGGGACUGGGUGCAUGUGACUGUAAAUGUGGGUUCGUGGGUGUAAAUGUAAAUGUGGGUUUGUUGGUGAGUGUGGGUGUGUUAAUGUUGGCGUUGGUAUGGGGAUGACGCCAAAGUAUGUGUGUGUGUGUGUAUUUGUGUUGGCUUAAGAACAGGGCGUGCGCUGCUGUUCCCUUUUCAGCUGUCGUCAUGCUGGUGUCUUUAUGUUCAUCGUGUGUUGUACUCGCGCUGAUUUCAAAACAACUCCAACUGAGACCGCAACAGCUGCUGUGGCGUGCCUCACAUAAACAGCUGCAUAUCCAA